AUGACCAUCACCAACACUAUUCUCCUACUUCCACUCGUAUCUACCCUCGUAGCAGCAGGUCCCUCAGGCUUCGGCCAUUACUUCGGUUCGGGUCCAACAGCCGAAAACAACUGGAUCCGCGUAGCAAACUCGACACUCGUUGUCCCUGCUGCACCCUCACCUCAAAAAGGUCUCUUGUCCUUGUGGGUGGGCAUGGGUACUAGCAACGGCGAUCUCAUCCAAGCGCUUGUGGAAAGCUACAACGAUGACAUAGAUACGGGAUGUGGUGUCUUGGAUGGGGAUUGGUGUGCUUGGGCGAGUACUUUGGUAACGGUGAACUCACAAGGAGGGCAGGCACAAGAGGGCGGACAGGAAGUUGUCGCACAAGUUGGCGAUGAGGUAACGAUGAGUUACAUGUAUAAUGACGACACCGGCAACUACGAUCAAUACGUUCUGGUCAACGAUAAACUCGUCUCCAACUUCUCGACCUCAUCAGGACACGCACUAGGUUGGGGCACAGCAGAAGAAUGCAACCAAGCAGCACCAGCAUACCCAUGCGGUCUCACACCCACCCACUCCUGGAUCAACACCGUUCUCGUUCUCGACUCGCCUCAACCAAAUUACUCAGACACCUUUGGCAGUUUCGGUGCUUCUGGCACCUUGACUUCUGUUGAUGGCGGCAAAACGUGGACGAGUGAGAACAUCACAAUUCAAGUUUGGGAUUAUACGCCAGUGUGUCCUGACGAUGAUGGAUAUCGGUUGACGACACUGGACUACAGUGUUUUCAAUAUCACCUGCAGCGCAAAUUACACUGGUGGAGAGUUGGGAACGCAGAAGCUGGGUAGUAUUCAGGAUUGUGUGACUGCUUGUGAUGAGACUGCCAACUGUUUCUUCGCAGUGUGGGAUGGUACAAACUGCGGCUUGAAAAGUUCUGUUGCGGAGAAGGUAGCUGGAAGCGGACUGAUUGCCGGCGCAUUAGUUACAAAAGGCUGCUAA